AUGGCGUGGUCGGAACCUAGGAACACGGGUAUGCAAUACCGCAGGCUGGGGAAUUCGGGUCUCCAUGUCUCGGUUCUAGGCCUCGGGGGGUGGCUCACAUUUGGAGGGCACGUUGAGAAUGAAAAAACCAUUGCUUGCAUGAAGCAGGCCUACGACUGCGGUAUUAACUUUUUCGAUACCGCUGAGAGCUACGCGGAUGGUCAGUCUGAGAUUGUCAUGGGCCAGGCCAUUGAGAAGCUCGGGUGGAAGCGCAACGACAUUGUCGUGAGCACAAAACUCAACUGGGGCGGUGCCAAUGGGGAGGUGCUCGUCAACAACCACGGACUCUCCCGCAAGCACAUCGUCGAGGGCCUCCAGGGGUCUCUGAAGCGUCUCAACCUCGAAUACGUUGAUAUCGUCUACGCCCACAGGCCCGACCGGCUGACUCCGAUGGAGGAGACGGUCCGGGCCUUCAACCACGUCAUUGAGCGCGGUUGGGCUUUUUACUGGGGAACAUCCGAGUGGUCGGCGGACGAGAUUGCCGAGGCCUGUGGCAUCGCCCGUGAGCUGCGCCUGAUCCCCCCAGUGGUCGAGCAGCCACAGUACAAUCUGCUGGCUCGAGAGAAGGUCGAGGGCGAAUUUCAGCGCCUGUACAGCCGGUUUGGCCUCGGCCUGACCGUCUUUAGCCCAAUCAAAAUGGGCUUGCUCAGCGGCAAGUACAACAACUCGCCUGAUCAACCUCCCCCAGGAUCGCGUUUUGCCGAAAGCAACGACAAAUUUAGCAACAUGGUGAGGGACUCGAUGUAUGGUAACGAUGAAUGGAGGCAAACGAUCGCCAAGGUGAUCAAGCUCAAGCCUAUUGCCGAUCAACUCGGGGUCACGCAGUCGCAGCUAGCGCUCGCUUGGUGCCUUAAGAAUGAGCACGUUUCUUCGGUCAUCACGGGUGCAUCGAACCCCCAACAGAUCGUCGAGAACGUCAAGUCACUGCAGGUUCUCGAUAAGCUGACGCCGGAGGUCAUGGCAAACAUUGACGCUAUUGUGGGCAAGAUUGAGCUUGCUCCGGCGAGACAGGACUGA